UCUGAAAAACAACCAUUUUUUCCAGUUGUGUAGUUCAAGGUGACAUCCAUAUUUUUUUCGAAAAAGAAAAAAAUCCUGUUUCUAUUUUGAAAUUCUUUUCAUAAGAAGUUUCGAUAUCUUAUUAUAAGAAAUUCGUUGAAAAAAAAACUAUGAAUGUUAAUUCAACUAAAUGUAUUGAUGAUUCGAUUCCAAAACAUCGUCGUGAAAGUGUUGCAAAUAAUACAAUGGAACAUCUUAGCUCAUUAGAUAUUGAUUCAAUUCCGGCAUUUGAACGUUUGACCGGUAUUAUCUGUACGAUUGGUCCGGCUUCACGUGAUGUACAGGUUUUGGUUGAAAUGAUAAAAUCCGGUAUGAAUAUUGCUCGAAUGAAUUUUUCGCAUGGUACACAUGAGUAUCAUAAAGGUACUAUUGAUAAUGUUCGAAAAGCUAUCGAAAUAGUUAGCCAGGAAAAAGGAUUACCUCAAUUUCCUGUUGCUAUUGCAUUGGAUACAAAAGGUCCAGAAAUUCGUACCGGUAUUGUCGAUCCGAGUGUUGGUGGUGAUAUUGAAUUAGAAAAAGGUGAUCAUAUAAAAUUGACUACAAAUGAUGAUCAUCGAAGUCAAUGUACAUCGAAAAUGAUUUAUAUUGAUUAUAAAAAUAUUGUCAAUAUUAUUCAAAUUGGUUCACGUGUUUUUAUUGAUGAUGGCCUAAUUUCAUUGAUCGUUCGUGAAAUAGGUGUCGAUUAUCUUGAUUGUGAAGUUGAAAAUGGUGGUUCAAUCGGUUCGACAAAAGGUGUUAAUCUUCCCGGUACAUCUGUCGAUUUACCUGCAUUAUCCGAAAAAGAUAAAUCCGAUUUACGUUUUGGUGUUGAACAAGGUGUGGACAUGGUAUUUGCAUCAUUCAUUCGUAAUGCUAAUGCUGUUCGUGAAAUACGUAGUUUAUUGACCGAAUGUGGUGAUUCCAAUAUAAAGAUUAUAUCCAAAGUUGAAAAUCAUGAAGGAGUGAAAAAUAUUGAUGAAAUUAUUGCUGAAAGUGAUGGAAUUAUGGUAGCACGUGGUGAUCUUGGCAUUGAAAUUCUACCACAAAAAGUUUUACUUGCACAAAAGAUGAUGAUCGCUAAAUGUAAUAUUGUUGGAAAACCAAUCAUUUGUGCUACUCAUAUGUUAGAAUCGAUGAUAAAAAAACCUCGACCAACUCGAGCUGAAGUAAGCGAUGUUGCUAAUGCAAUUCUCGAUGGAUCUGAUUGUGUAAUGCUUUCGGGUGAAACCGCUAAAGGUGCUUAUCCAUUAGAAUCAUUACGAAUGAUGCAUGCUAUAUCGUUGGAAGCAGAAGCUGCAAUUCAUUCAAGAAAUUUAUUUAUUGAAUUAAAUAACAAAUUAACCGUACCGGUUGAUAAAACAACUGCAACAGCUAUUGCCGCUGUAAAUGCAUCAUUGAAAUGUGCAGCUGCCGCUAUUAUUGUAUUGACUACAACUGGACGUUCAGCACAUGCAUUAUCACGUUUUCGUCCACGAUGUCCGAUUAUAGCCGUAUCAAGAAAUUCAAAAUCUGCCCGACAAGCACAUUUACAUCGUGGUAUUUUACCAUUAUAUUAUGGUAAUGAAAUAGAAUCAGAUUGGUUACAGGAUAUUGAUUCACGUGUACAAUUUGCUAUCGAAUAUGGUAAACGUAGAUUAUUUAUUCGAUCGGGUGAUCCAAUUAUUGUUGUUACUGGAUGGCGAAAAGGUGCUGGAUCAACAAACACUAUGCGUAUUAUUAGUGCUGAAUAAUUAGUUCAUCAAUAAUCAUUCAAUGAUGAUGAUUAUAAAAUUAUUCAAAACAUUCAUUUAUCAGUCCAUUUAAUUUAGUCAUGAUAAAAUAGUCCUUUUUUGUGUUACAACAAA